GAUGCAGCUGAAUUCACACCUAGCCCUUCCCAUAUCCUGAGAACAGUCCAGGAAAAUGCAUGCUGCUACCCAGUGGGAUGGAUUGGAACUAACUUGACAGAAUUUUCGGAGCUGAAAAACUUGUGUGUGUGUAUUAGAAGAGAGAGAGAGAGAGAGAGAGAGAGAGAGAGAGAGAGAGAGAGAACGUCCUUGUGGCACUGACCAGCGGGAAAGAGGGGAAAGUGACUGCGGUCCAGUCAAUCACUUUAGGCACAUCGUUCUCCAAAGCAGCCGUUCCAGCAGCUAGACGAGUAUGUCAGGCAUGCAAGUGGCACUGCAGAGGCUGUUGAUCUGGGCAGCGGCAUCUCUCCUGCUGGAAGGCUCAAGGUCUCGCUCAGAGGAGCUUGUGCCACAAAUCAUCGAUCACCCCUCUGACCUUGUGGUCCGCUGGGACCAGCCUGCCACCCUGAAGUGCCGAGCCUCAGGGAACCCUGAGCCCGUGAUUGAGUGGUAUCGUAACGGAGAGUACGUGAAAACCAGCAAGGACGAUGCCACCUCCCAGCACACUCUGCUAUUGGAUGGGUCCCUCUUCUUCCUCCGCCUCAACCAGAAGAAGGGGAAGUCGGACGAGGGGGUGUAUAACUGCGUGGCCAAGAACCACCUGGGCACAGCCACGAGCAAGAACGCUUCACUUUACGUGGAAGCUCUGCAGGAAGAUUUUCGGCUUCAUCCCAGUGACUUGAUGGUGACAACUGGAGACCCAUUGCUGCUCGAAUGUACCCCCCCUAGAGGACACCCAGAGCCCCGAAUCAUAUGGAAGAAGAAUGGAGUCCCUGUAAAUGAGCAAAAUGGUCAUUAUGAGGUCUCCAGUGCAAAGCUUCGGGUAGCCCAUGCUCUGAAGAGUGAUUCAGGAGCAUAUGUCUGUGUGGCCUUCAAUCAAGUAGGAGAGAGAACAAGCAGAGCAGCCCAAGUCUCUGUCUUGGAAAAGCCAACAUUCACUCGUCGGCCGACUGAUGUUGUAGCCACACUUGGCAGCACCAUCCAGUUCAUAUGUGGGAUCCAUGGAGACCCAAAGCCCACCAUUAAGUGGCAAAAGGAAAAUGGAGAUCUUCCAUCUGGAAGGUAUGAAUGGAGCCAAGAAGGAAUCCUUCAGAUCCACCAUCUGACAAUGAAGGAUGCUGGGAAAUAUGUCUGUACUGCCAGCAACCAGGUGGGAACCAUCUUUGCCAAGGCGUCGUUGACAGUACAGGGUCCUCUGGACACUGGCCAGAAGGACCGAGGCAGACCCAAAGACAUCCAGAAGGAGCUGAUGGACAUCAGGGUUGACCUGGCCAAUGUCACUGUUGUGUCCUCUGCUCCCGCAGCCCACUUGCAUUGGAAGGCCAACCCAGUUUCCCAGCACGUGGACGGCUACGUGGUUUUCUACCGCUCUCUGCUGCCUGCGAGCACACAUUGGGCCGAAUGGCAUGUCCCAGGAGAUCACCGCACUAUCGUUCCAGGGCUUGAGAGAGGUUAUAAGUAUGAGUUCAAGGUGCGACCAUAUUCGGGGAAGACCCAUGGCAAAGACAGCAAUAUGAGACACCUCUGGAUCCCAGAAGAAGUGCCCAGUGCUGCUCCCCAGAGCAUCAGCAUUACUGCAUCCCAAGGUGGGAACGGCACCGUGAUCAUCCACUGGGAGCCUCCUCCACAUGACAUGCACAACGGCAUCAUUACAGGCUACCAGGUCUGGUUCCUGGGCAAUGAAACCCACCAUGGAUUUAACAGGACAGUAGAUGGGGGAACCCACAGUCUGGAAACAACAGGCUUGCCUGAUGGGCUGAGAUACUGCGUCCAGAUAGCUGCUGCCAAUGGAGCAGGGGUCGGAGUGGCCAGUAAUCCUGUGUGCAGUGCUGUAGACUCUACCGUGGGGAAGAUGGCGACGGUGCCCGACCUAAUGUCCAACUACGUCUUGGAAGUGGUGCGCCAGCCCGUCUUCAUUGCCAGCGUGGGCUCAGCACUCUGGAUCAUGCUGAUGGUGCUGGCGGUCUACGUUUGCCAGAAGCAGGCCCGGCAGUACAGCCGGGGGCGGCAGUAUGCACUCGGUGAAGGUUUGUACAGGAAUGCAAGUGAUGACACCAUCAUCAAACACCGGGUAGACUCCAGUGAUUCUCCGUGGCUUUCAAACACAUGGAAAUCUACCUCCGGUUCCAAGAAUUACAGCACAACCAGCAGUUUGAGCAGCCAACUGCUGUGGUACGAGCCCAAAGAUAACCAAGACUUCCACAAAUCGCUGAUGUCCUUCGACAGGCAGAGCCAAGGGCCCCACACCCAGGCUGCUCCACUGGUCCCCGAGACCAUCAAAAGCAGCCUGAACGGCCCGCUCUACGUGGACCUUCCAGAAAAAGACCCGAAGACCUUCUCUAGCAGCCCUCGGCCUCACCUUUCCAGCCCCAGCUUACAUCCUAUGGAACUGGGGCUCCGAGCUGGGACUCUGAGGCUCUUGCCAUUCUGCAGCCAAAGCAAUGCUAAUGUCAGGGGAGCCUCUCAGCAAGGACCGUGGAAGGCCACCCCUCCCCUAACCCCAAAUCUUGUCCCCCAGGGAUCCUGGCAGAACAACGGUAAAAAAGGGCUUCAGCAAGCACUCAGCACACCCAUGCCGCCCUCGGGUUUUGUGGCAAACUGGAACCACCACGGCAGUCAAGGCAUCAGCGUCAGCCCAGGGAAGCCCCAGAGAACUCACGGAGAAGCAAAGAGAGUGCUGAAAACCUACAGCUCUCCCAAGUAUUUGCAAUGCAACGCUUCGCAGAGCACGGCUGGUCUCUUGCCACCGCCUCCUCCGGUCCCGCCCGGCUUCCAAGCUUCGCAAGAUCACAGCGCCCAGCAAGAGUGCAGGUGCACUUGCUACCUGGAUCCUCCUGUGGAGCCUCAGCAACAGGACAAAGAUUCCUUACAUGCCGCCAGCGAGAUCCCAGAAGGGACCCAGGCUUCCCCCACGCUGCCCUAUGGCCGUCUCUCGACUGCUUCCAUCUCCAUCUCCCUCAAUGAUGACCGGGAAACGGUGCUGACCCCCGAGGAGGUGGCAGAAUACUUGGAACUCAGUGAGGAGGCAGCGUGUCAGAGGUGCCAGAAUGACGACAUCUCUGCUAGCCCUCGGGUUUUCUCGCCACCUCAUACCUACGGCUAUAUCUGUGCCCCGCUGGCCUCAGAACUGCUGGAAACCAACUCCUUGGAUGACGACGAUCCCAACAUGGAGGAGGGCGAGGGCCGUUCCACCAAGUUCUUCCGCGGCUUCUGCCGGACUCCCUCGUUCAGCCUGAGUGAGGACGAAGCCUCUCUGGGGGGCUCCCUGCUCAACGGGUGGGGCUCCGUCUCGGAGGACAGCAGGAGCAGCACCCGCUGCAGCCUGGUCAGCUCCUCGGAUGGCUCCUUCCUCAUGAACGCCAACUUUGCCCAAGCGCUGUCUUUGGCAGUGGACAGUUUCUGCUUUGGAUUGACGCAGCGGGAGGUUGACAAGGCCCUCACAGACUUCUUGCCCUCCCCAUCUCCCCUCGAUGGAAUCCUGCAUCCACACACUUCCUUGGAGAGCUUGGAGGAAGCCCCGCAGAAGCCCAGGGCCCAGCCCCUUCCAGUGUGGGAGUGGAACACAGAUUGGGUGGAUGAGAUGGAAGCCAAGUAUAUGCAGCAGGCAGAGAACUGGAGCGCGGCUCCAAAGUUGGGAGAGCAAAGGACGGCAGCACCGGCGGAGAUCCAGCGACUCACUUCGGCCUUACCAGGAACCAACGGUGCCUACGUGUCUGACUCAAUCAGCUAUCCAGAUGAACCCGCUGGUGCCAAGCAAGCUUCUGUCACUAGUACCCAGGACCCUGGGUCAGGAACCUUUGCCAUUCCAAAAGGAGGAGGAGAAUCAGUCGCAGAAAAGUUGGCUGUUCAAAGCCAAGGGAGAGGAAACAAGCCCUGAGAAGCACAGAAGCAGUGGCAAGGCCAAGAGAAGUGAGCCAUCUCACGCUUCUUCAGGAGGGGUCUGUCGGGAUCAGAGAGCUGUGAUGCCAGCUGGGGGGCACCUCCUGUUGGCCAGUAGGGCUUUCUGAAUCCAGGUCGUGAUCAACGAGCCUGAAUUUGUGGCCUUCUGAAUUCCUGCUCCAGGGAAGGAUUUCUGUAGGUGUUCCUCAGACUGAUGAAGGGAACAGCUUGUGAGCCUUGAGACCAAUUGGCCAUCAUUCCUGGAGUACCACAAGACUGAGGAAAGAUUAUGCUUCAGAUCUGCUCCCAGGAAGAGACUGAUCCCCAGGCUCUACCAUAACAUUUCUUGGAGUAUGUAUGGAAGAAGGAACCUGCAUAUAUCCCAUCCCAGUUGGUCACAGGAACAUAGGAAGCUGCCUCUUCCAGAGUCAGACCAUUGGCCCAUCUAGUUCAGGAUGGUCUGAACUGACUGGCAGAGGCUUUCCAAGGUUGCAGGUAGGAGUCUCUGCUAGCUCUACCUGGAGCUGCCAGAAAGUGAACCUGACUGGGACCUUCUGCAUGCAAAGAAGAUGCUCUUCCACUGAGCCUCAUCUCUUAAGUGGAAUAUCUUACAGUGCUCACAUCCUCUUUCCUAUCCAAGUGCAAACCAAGGCAGACCACGCUCAGUACCACAAGACCAGCUCUCGCCCCUUUUUCUGGAAUUCAGCCGGUCCCAUCUUCAGCAGAUCAGAGCUUCUCUGUUACCAUUUCUCCCUAGCUUUCCAGCCUCCUUUGAUGACACAGUUUGCAUCUGCCAGCUUGCACGCCAGUUUCUUCCAAGCCUUUAACAGCAGUUUGACCUGCAGCAAUUAGCAGGUGACCGUGUUUAGCUCCCUGCCAUUAAAGUCUCACCUGCUGGCUUCUGCAUCUCAGCCUUCUUUGAAAGGCACAGCAGCUGGCCGGAUGAGUUUUUUCCCCUGGCUGGUUGGCACCUCUACAAAGAUCUGAGCUUCACAUGAGCCUCUGUUGCAGAGAUCAGUGUCGGGCUAAUGAAGAAAAAUCCUCUGGGCUUUUUGUUGUUGGCGUCCCUCCCAGGAUCCAUCAGGCUGUGCCACCAUCUGGCCUGCCGGCUUGCAAGGACAUUUCGAAGGGGUGGGGGUCAACUGUUUCUGGUCCUCUCUUUACCAUUGAUUUGCAGGGCCAUGAAUCUUCAAGGUUUCGUCUGGGUCUAUCUCCCACUGCUAUCCUCAUCCAGCUUGGAGUGGUUUUGUUUAAAAAAGCAAAAACAAAAGCAAGGAGAAUCUUCAAAAUGACCCCGCCCCACUCCAGUGUGAGAGCUAUUUCCCAGCAUGCUGAGCUCUGCAACUGCUGCACUUUCCCUAGUGCUGGGGGUGGGGUAUGAAACAGAGCUCUGUCAAGCCCCAGCGCCAUCUAAGAAGGUGUGCAUGAACCGCUGGGAAAUGUAGUCUUUCCUAGGGCUUUCCCUGUAGAGCUCUAUGCGGAAAGUGUCAGGAAGGACUACACUUCCCAGGGUUCCACGUGCAAGAUGGCGCUAGGGCUCAAAAGGGCUCUGUUUCCUUUAAAGGAGUCCUGCUAGCACGGGGGUGGGGGGAGUGCUGCACUGCAUGGUGCCAGAGGGGUUGUGUGGAAUAUUUGGCUUUGGCUGAAGUUUUGCACAGGGCUAAUAAAUGAUCAGUCAGGGAGCCACACUUGCUCCCAUGCCUUGCAGUGAAGAACGCGGCCUUAAAAUAUUUCGGCAGUCCUUUGUCCUCUUGCUCUUUUCCAUUCUUGCAGGAGAGUUACCCAUGUAGCAACCAGUGUCCCCUGCAACAGGGAGUUCCUGAUGUUGUUGACUAUAACUCCCAGCAUCCCCCAGCUACAAUGGCCCAUCACUGGGAAUUAUGGGAGCUGCAGUCAACAACAUCUGAGGAUCCCUGUUACAGGAGACAUUGGAAGCGACAAAUGCUGUCUUCCUGUUGGAUGUCUACUUUUCUAACCGUGCCAGCUAUGGCACAGCUACUAACAUUUUUUUGUGGCCUUGUUCUGUAAAUAAAUGGAUCCCUCCCCCAACCA